AUGCAGCGAGGUAUGGAUUUUGCAUAUGGUUAUCGACAGCCAAAUGUGACCCAUGGCUGUGAAGGUGCGAGUUAUAGAAUGUUGGAUAGACUGAGUUUGUAUUCUGGUUUUACGUAUGAAGGUUUCCAUUGUAAAAGGUUUGUUGGCAAUCCGAGGCUUUUAUUGGAAUCAUACCCGGCAAAGAAGUUGAAAAGACUCACUGCAUACAGUGGCAGUGUCAUCAAAUCUACCGUUUCUAAAAGUGAAUUAAAUAGUCAUUUGUGGUGUUAUAAUUUUUGCAAAUCUUCCGUAUGCAAAUUCAGGUGUACAGUUAAGUCAUCAAGGGGUGUUGUAAAAUCGCGAUGUCAGGGAAAUGAUUCGGUUGCAUACACUGAUGGUAAUGGUCUAAAUGUGGAAUUCGAAAAAAGCCCUGCUGAAGAGAGCUCGAGAGUAGGAAGUCAUGUCAGUGCAGAGUCGAAUGAUUCAAAAGAAAAAGUAGAGGAAGAAGACAAAGAAGUAGAGGUUUCCAGUUUAGAUGAGUUGAGGGAAUUGUUGCAAAAAGCACUUAAGGAGUUGGAGGUUGCACAGCUUAACAGUACCAUGUUUGAAGAGAAGGCUCAGAGAAUAUCAGAAACUGCUAUAGCAUUAAAAGAUGAAGCAGAAAAUGCUUGGAAUGAUGUCACUUUUACCCUUAAUACUAUUCAAGAGAUUGUAAACGAAGAGGGUGUUGCUAAAGAAGCUGUUCAGAAAGCAACAAUGGCACUUUCUUUGGCUGAGGCGAGGCUUCAGGUGGCACUGGAUUCAUUAGCAAUUGCGAAAGAAAGAGUGGUUUCUCCAGAAGCUUCUAGAGGGACUGAUUCAGAUUAUGACAGUGGAGGGGAACAAUUGAAAUCGAUGAAGAAAGAGGAGGAAGCACUCUUGGCUGCUCAGGAUGAUAUCAGAGAGUGUCAGGAUCAUCUGGCAACUUGCGAGGCAGACCUGAGACAGUUGCUGUGCAGAAAAGAGGAGUUGCAAAGGGAAGCGGACAGGCUGAAUGAGGUUGUGGGGCAAGCACAAAAGAAUGCUUUGAAAGCUGAGGAGGACGUGGCGAAUAUAAUGUUUUUAGCAGAGCAAGCUGUUGCUCUUGAGCUUGAGGCUACACAGCACGUGAAUGAUGCAGAGCUUGCCUUACGGAGAGCAGAUAAAAAUAUCUCCGUUUCCCAUGCGGAUACCUUAGAAAGUGCAAUACCCCAGAAUGGAUCAUCAUCCCAAGGACAAAAUUUGAUUGAGGGUGCACUUCUUGAGGAGGAGAAGAAGAUGAGUCAAGGUAAUUCAGGUUAUGUCAUUGUUGAAAGAGACAGAGAUGUGCCAGUUGAUGGUCCUUCUUUGGUAAGUAAUACUUUACCAGAGAAUCAGUUUGAUGCACCCAACAAGAGGUUUGAGGAAUUGAGUUUAUCUGAUGAGAGUGAUCGAGAGAAUGGAAAAUUAAGUGUAUACUCACCAAAAGAGACUGACGUAGAUGCAGAGAAGUCAAAGAAUAUCCAACCUAAAAAACUGGAAAUGCAGAAGGAUUUGACUAGGGAUGCCUCGGCAUUCAACUCUCCAAAAGCAUUAUUGAAUAAGUCAUCCCGUUUCUUUUCUGCGUCAUUCUUCUCUUUCCAUGUAGAUGGGACUGAAUUCACACCGGCUUCAGUUUUCCAUACUCUUAUAGAGUCUGCAAGGAAACAGUUGCCUAAGCUGGUGGUUGGGUUGUUGCUUGUCGGAGCAGGGGUUGCCUUUUAUGCCAGCCGGAAAGGGACAAUUGGUCAGCUAUUUCAACAGCCAGAUAUUAUCACCACUAGUAUUGAUGAAGUUUCUUCAAACACAAAGCCUCUUGUCCAACAAAUAAGGAAAUUUCCCAAGAAAAUAAAAGAAUUAAUGGAGAUGCUUCCUCAUCAAGAGAUAAAUGAGGAAGAAGCUUCUCUCUUCGACAUAUUAUGGUUAUUGCUUGCAAGUGUUAUAAUGGUGCCUAUAUUCCAGAAAAUCCCUGGAGGCAGUCCCGUACUUGGGUAUCUUACUGCUGGCAUCUUGAUUGGACCUUAUGGCCUCUCUAUUAUUCGUCACGUACAUGGAACAAAGGCGAUAGCUGAAUUCGGAGUUGUUUUCUUGCUGUUCAAUAUUGGCCUUGAGCUUUCUGUUGAAAGAUUAAGUUCCAUGAAGAAAUAUGUUUUUGGCUUGGGUUCCGCUCAGGUCUUGGUGACAGCAGUGGUGGUUGGCUUGGUUGCUCAUUUUGUUGCUGGGCAGCCAGGUCCUGCUGCACUUGUUGUUGGGAAUGGCCUGGCAUUAUCUUCAACUGCUGUUGUCCUUCAGGUAUUGCAGGAACGAGGUGAGAGCACAUCUCGUCAUGGACGAGCUACAUUCUCUGUAUUACUUUUCCAGGAUUUGGCUGUUGUGGUUUUGCUAAUACUCAUACCUCUUAUUUCACCAAAUUCAUCCAAAGGAGGGGUUGGUUUCCAAGCAAUCGCAGAAGCACUUGGAUUGGCUGCUGUGAAGGCCAUUGUUUCUAUUACUGCCAUAAUUGCUGGAGGACGAUUGCUGCUUCGGCCAAUUUACAAGCAAAUUGCAGAGAAUCAAAAUGCAGAAAUAUUCUCUGCAAAUACACUUCUUGUCAUUCUGGGGACUAGUGUCCUUACUGCCAGGGCUGGCCUUUCCAUGGCACUGGGAGCAUUUUUAGCUGGUUUGCUCCUUGCGGAAACUGAAUUUUCAUUACAGGUUGAAUCUGAUAUUGCUCCAUAUCGUGGCCUUCUAUUGGGUGUCUUUUUUAUGACGGUUGGAAUGUCCAUUGAUCCUAAACUUCUUAUUUCAAAUUUUCCUGUUAUUAUGGGGACAUUGGGACUUUUAAUUUGUGGGAAGGCCUUGUUGGUUGCAUUAGUUGGCAGAAUUUUUGGCGUUUCUAUAAUAUCUGCAAUAAGAGUUGGUCUUCUUCUUGCGCCCGGUGGAGAAUUCGCAUUUGUGGCUUUUGGUGAAGCUGUCAAUCAGGGUAUAAUGUCUUCCCACCUGUCAUCUUUGUUGUUUCUUGUGGUGGGGAUUUCAAUGGCCAUCACGCCAUGGUUAGCAGCUGGAGGCCAAUUAAUAGCCUCUCAUUUUGAGCAGCAUGAUGUGCGAAGUUUAUUACCUGCAGAGAGUGAGACAGAUGAUUUGCAAGACCAUAUUAUUAUCUGUGGAUUUGGACGUGUUGGCCAGGUGUUGCCACGACCUUUAAAUCUUCUUGAUGCAAUCAUUGCCCAGCUUCUUUCUGAACGGCUAAUUCCAUUUGUUGCUCUUGAUGUGAGGAGUGAUCGGGUAGCAGUUGGGCGGGCACUUGAUCUUCCUGUUUACUUUGGAGAUGCUGGUAGUCGGGAGGUACUCCAUAAAGUUGGUGCUGAAAGGGCAUGUGCUGCAGCAAUAACUUUAGAUACUCCUGGCGCAAAUUAUAGAGCUGUCUGGGCUUUGAGCAAGAACUUCCCCAACGUAAAGACUUUUGUCCGUGCUCAUGAUGUUGAUCAUGGUCUCAACUUGGAAAAGGCAGGGGCAACAGCGGUUGUCCCGGAGACCUUGGAACCAAGUCUACAGUUAGCAGCUGCUGUUCUUGCACAAGUACUUCCUGGUAAUUGUAAAUGGUGUGCAUCUGUUGGGAAUGGUUUGCUUUUUGCUUAUCUGCCUCCCUCGUCAUUAUAUUGUGCCAUUCUUACAGAUGAUUUGCAAGACCAUAUUAUUAUCUGUGGAUUUGGACGUGUUGGCCAGGUGUUGCCACGACCUUUAAAUCUUCUUGAUGCAAUCAUUGCCCAGCUUCUUUCUGAACGGCUAAUUCCAUUUGUUGCUCUUGAUGUGAGGAGUGAUCGGGUAGCAGUUGGGCGGGCACUUGAUCUUCCUGUUUACUUUGGAGAUGCUGGUAGUCGGGAGGUACUCCAUAAAGUUGGUGCUGAAAGGGCAUGUGCUGCAGCAAUAACUUUAGAUACUCCUGGCGCAAAUUAUAGAGCUGUCUGGGCUUUGAGCAAGAACUUCCCCAACGUAAAGACUUUUGUCCGUGCUCAUGAUGUUGAUCAUGGUCUCAACUUGGAAAAGGCAGGGGCAACAGCGGUUGUCCCGGAGACCUUGGAACCAAGUCUACAGUUAGCAGCUGCUGUUCUUGCACAAGCUAAACUGCCAAUGUCAGAGAUAGCAGCGACAAUUAAUGAAUUUAGGUCUCGCCAUCUAUCUGAGCUUACUGAGCUAUGUGAAACUACUGGAAGUUCUCUUGGUUAUGGAUUUUCUGGGAUCAUGAGUAAACCCAAAUCUCAACCCUCAGAUUCUUCAGAGGAGAACCAAGGUAUAAUGUCUUCCCACCUGUCAUCUUUGUUGUUUCUUGUGGUGGGGAUUUCAAUGGCCAUCACGCCAUGGUUAGCAGCUGGAGGCCAAUUAAUAGCCUCUCAUUUUGAGCAGCAUGAUGUGCGAAGUUUAUUACCUGCAGAGAGUGAGCUAUGUGAAACUACUGGAAGUUCUCUUGGUUAUGGAUUUUCUGGGAUCAUGAGUAAACCCAAAUCUCAACCCUCAGAUUCUUCAGAGGAGAACCAAGUCACUGAUGGAAUGCUACCAAUAUGA